AUGACAGAGAAAGAAGUGCCAGAGCCACCAGCUUCACCUGCUUCAGGUGGGAAACCCAAGAACCGGCAGCUACAGAAGCUGAAGCAAAUUUUCCAGCGAAAGCCCAAGGAGGAGGAAACGCCAGAGCCACAGCCCAAUGGAGAGCUGGUCAGCCCCUCAGGGGGACCCAUCUACUACAUCUAUGAGGAGGAGGAAGAGGAGGAAGAAGAGGAGGAGCCUGAGCCCCCUCCCGAGCCUGAGAAACUUGUCAAUGACAAACCACAUAAGUUCAAAGAUCAUUACUUCAAAAAGCCCAAGUUCUGUGAUGUUUGUGCCCGGAUGAUCGUCCUCAACAACAAAUUUGGCCUGAGGUGCAAGAACUGUAAAACCAACAUCCACCACCACUGCCAGUCCUACGUGGAGAUGCAACGCUGCUUCGGCAAAAUCCCCCCAGGGUUUCGCCGGGCGUACAGCUCACCCCUCUACAGUGACCAGCAAUACGCCUGCGUCAAGGACCUGCUCUCAGCCAACAGGAGUGACCCCGUGUUUGAGACCCUGCGGACGGGCGUCAUCAUGGCCAACAAGGAGCGUAAGAAAGGGCAGGACGACAAGAAAAAUCCUUUGGCUGCUAUGAUGGAUGAGGAACCGGAGGCUACGAAGCCACAGGAGGGCAAAACUGAGGGCGGCACCUCUGAAGGGGACAAGAAGACUGAGAAGAGCACAACAGAUGACAAGAGCAAGAAGCCACAGCCAGGGAUUCGUGGUGGCUAUCUGCAGUCUCACUACUUCGUGGCACUUUAUCGCUUCAAAGCCCUGGAGAAAGAUGACCUGGAUUUCCCGCCAGGGGAGAAGAUCACAGUGGUCGAUGACUCCAAUGAGGAGUGGUGGCGGGGAAAGAUUGGUGAAAAAAUUGGCUACUUCCCUCCAAACUUCAUCAUCCGGGUGCGGGCAGGCGAGCGGGUGCACAAGGUGACACGCUCCUUCGUGGGGAACCGGGAGAUCGGGCAGAUCACGCUCAAGAAGGAUCAGAUCGUGGUGCAGAAAGGCGAGGAGGUGAAUGGUUACGUCAAAGUCUACACCGGCCGCAAAGUGGGGCUCUUCCCUGUGGAUUUCCUGCAGGAGAUCUGA